GUAAGUAGCUCAGCAUAUAGCAAGAGUACGGACAUGGGUAAUAAACAAAUAAAACAACAUCUGGAGACAGCACAGAAGACGGGAGUGCUGAAAAUCUCAUUACAACGACUGCAGGAGUUCCCACCGCAGCUGAAGACCUAUCCCAAUGUGCUGAAGACGCUGGAUUUAUCGCAGAAUCGAUUCGAGCACAUACCCGACGAGCUGGGCCGUCUCACUCUGUUGAAGCAUCUAAAUCUGAGUGGCAAUCGCCUGACCGAUCUCAAUGAGGUGGUUGGCGAACUGAUCAAACUGGAGGUACUACUUCUAAUGGACAACCUAUUAACAAAGCUACCCAAGGCGCUGAGCAAUUGCACGCAUCUGAAAACGGUCAAUCUGAGCAACAAUCAGUUGAAGCACUUCCCAUCAAUGCUCUGCGGUCUGAGGCAGCUGGAUGUGUUGGAUUUGUCGCGUAAUCAAAUAACCGAAGUGCCCGCCGAGGUGGCGAAUCUGUAUGUGACCGAGCUGAACCUCAAUCAGAACCAAAUAUCAUCGGUAGCCGAAGAGAUUGCCGAUUGUCCCAAGCUAAAAACGCUGCGGCUCGAGGAGAACUGCUUGCAGGCGAAUGCUCUAACGCCACGCAUACUCAAGGACUCCAAGAUAUGCAAUCUGGCGGUCGAUGGCAAUCUGUUUAACUCCAAGCAGUUCACCGAUCUCGACGGCUACGAUGUCUACAUGGAGCGCUACACGGCGGUCAAGAAGAAGAUGUUCUAAACAAUUGCGUUACAUACAUAAAUACAUAAACUUAUACAAAUACAUAUAUAUAUUUAUAAUAAUAUAUAUUAUUUAAUU